AUGGAGUGCAGAAUUCUGCACUGAAAAACAGAAUUCUGUACCUAAAUGCAAAAUUCUGCUUAAUCUUUAUCCCAUUGCUUGGGAAGAGCCCUUAAUCUAAUCUCUCAAUCUAGUUUCUGACAUCAAUGAUAGCACAAUGGUCACGCGGAUUUCAGCUAAGAUAUAUUUGGCGGGAACGAGUAUACAUGUAUGUAUCAAACUUUUGAACCUCUUACAGGUGACCAGUGCUGCAUCCUGUGCUACAACAAGAAGGAGAAGAUGGCACAAUUCAGGGAUGCAUUUGAACUGAGGACACAUGAGAAAGCAGCCCUGCAUGUCAGGGACAAGAAGAAUCAACGUGGCCAUCAACACCUCCCUGUGCUCAACAUUGAUUGGAAGAAUGUUAUGAUAGAUACCCUUCACAUGUUCCUCAGAAUAGGAGGAAAGCUCCUUAACCAGCUGAUUGGCUGGACAAUUGAUCAAGGCCGGACCGGAGCCCUGGAGGCGGCUUUUUCAGACAUUGGCAUCACGUUCUGGCUCCGGAAAGAAUCAACCAAGCAGGGACCCAGUACAUAUAAGUGGAAAACUUUGACUGCGAAAGAACUGAAGACAGCCAUCAAAGACCUGCCCCACCAGAUGUCAAACAUCAUCAACGACAUCGGUGGGAGGAACCAGGUGCCCAUUGAUGCCCUGCAAGGCCCACAGCUUACCAGACUCCUGCGGGACAGGAACGAAACUGUCCCCAGGGCUGUCUCGGAAAGGAAGGCAAAGCUAAAACGGUUGCUUGGAGAGGAAGCAAUGGUGUCACUUUCCAACACCAAUGAUGACAACACUGAGAUCCGGGUUGUGGACAUAAAACACCUGUGGAAGGAGUUCAUCCGCGUGUACGACAUGCUCAGGCAUCCCGAACAACAUGCAGAGUUCAAAGAGGCAGCCACAAAGUGGUGCGAAAUGUUUCGGGACAUGACCUACACAGAAGACAUCACCCCGUAUAUACACUACUUUGGAACCCAUGCUGGUGACCAGUUGGCCUCCCACCCAUUCUUGCAUUUCAUCAAUUGUGAGACCAUCGAAAAAAAAAACCACAUCCAAACCAGGAGGUACCAUUUGGCGACACAGAAGGGUGGGGGGCGCUCGAGAAGCAAGUGGGCAGAACAGUUAAUGCAACUGGAGAAUAGGGAGCUGUUUGCAGCCAUGAACGGCAUAGGGCUGAGAAAGAAGAGAGCAUGGGGGACGAACAGGGUUGCCAACCCUGACCCUGGCUACGCAGGUAGCUCAGAGGAUGACAGCGAUGAAGAUGACGAAGAAUCCAAUGCUCCUGAGCCAGAUGGUGGUGAUGAGGACGGUCGCAUCGCUCCUGAGCCAGAUGGUGGUGAUGAGGACGAUCGCAUCGUCUAUGACGGCGACCAGGACGACCUGUAGUCAAAGUACAAACUUA